AAAAACAGCUGCAACAAAAGAAUGUGUUUCUCCCUCAUUCUGGAAGUCAACAUGCAGUCUGAAUCUAACAUUACAGUUCGAGAUGCCAUUGACGACAUCGACACCAACAUGUACCAACCACUGUCAUAUCCAUUAAGCUUUCAAGUUUCUCUCACUGGAUUUUUGAUGUUAGAAAUUGUUUUGGGACUUGGCAGCAACCUCACCGUGCUGGUACUUUACUGUAUGAAAUCCAACUUAAUCAAUUCUGUCAGUAACAUAAUUACAAUGAACCUUCACGUACUUGAUGUAAUAAUUUGUGUGGGAUGUAUUCCUCUAACUAUAGUUAUCCUUCUGCUUUCACUGGAGAGUAACACUGCUCUAAUCUGCUGCUUCCACGAGGCUUGUGUCUCUUUUGCAAGCGUUUCAACUGCAAUCAAUGUCUUUGCUAUCACUCUGGACCGAUACGAUAUCUCUGUAAAACCUGCCAAUCGAAUUUUGACCAUGGGAAGGGCUGUGAUAUUAAUGACAUCAAUAUGGAUCAUUUCACUUUUUUCCUUCCUGAUUCCUUUCAUUGAAGUCAAUUUUUUCAGUCUUCAAAGUGCAAGUACUUGGGAAAAUAAGACACUUCUGUGCGUCAGUACAAAUGAAUACCACACAGAGUUGGGAAUGUACUACCACCUUCUCGUUCAGAUUCCUAUCUUUUUCUUCACUGUUAUAGUAAUGCUAAUUACAUACACCAAAAUACUUCAGGCUCUUAAUAUUCGAAUUGGCACCAGAUUUACAACAGGACAAAAGAAAAAAGCUAGAAAGAAAAAAACUAUUUCUUUAACCACUCAACAUGAGACUACUGAUGUGUCACAAGGCAGUGGAGGAAGAAACGUAGUCUUUGGCGUAAGGACUUCUGUUUCUGUUAUAAUUGCCCUACGCCGAGCUGUAAAACGGCACCGGGAGCGACGAGAACGGCAAAAGAGAGUCUUCAAAAUGUCCCUCCUGAUUAUUUCAACAUUUCUUCUCUGCUGGACACCAAUCUCUGUUUUAAACACUACAAUUUUAUGUUUGGGCCCAAGUGACCUUUUGGUAAAGCUGCGAUUAUGCUUUCUAGUAAUGGCAUAUGGAACAACUAUUUUUCACCCUCUACUUUAUGCAUUCACCAGGCAAAAAUUUCAGAAAGUUCUCAAAAGUAAAAUGAAAAAACGAGUUGUUUCAAUAGUGGAAGCAGAUCCCAUGCCGAAUAAUGCUGUAAUACACAACUCAUGGAUAGAGCCUAAAAGGAACAAAAAGAUUACCUUUGAAGACAACGAAGUAAGGCAGAAAUGUUUAGUACCUCAGGUUGUCACUGACUAG